AUGGGCUCAGUUGACAUCGUCGGACCUCUUUUCCAGCCUCUGCGCCUAGGCGCUCUGUCACUCAGUCAUCGAGUGGUUCAGGCACCAUGUACGCGUAUGCGAUCGACCAAAGAAUCGGAGGGCGUCUUUGUCCCAAACGAUCUCAACGUCGAAUAUUACUCUCAGCGUGCUUCGGCUGGAGGCUUUAUGCUGACAGAGGCGACACCUAUUAGCAGAUAUGCGGCUGGAUAUCCAGGAGUCCCCGGAAUUUUCACUAAAUCGCAGAUCGCUGGCUGGAAGAAGGUUACCGACGCAGUACACGCAAAGGGUGCCUACAUCUACUGUCAGCUAUGGCAUGUUGGUCGUGCAACCGUUCCUUCUUUCAUCGAUGGAAAGCAAGCUGUCAGUUCCAGCGAUAUACCGAUCAGUGGAAAUGGCUUGGAUGGCACAGAGUACGCAGCUCUGCCACCGCGACCAAUCUCCGUGGAUGAGAUCCAGGAGUUGGUUAAAGAAUAUGCUGCGGCGGCGAAGCGAGCCAUUGAGGCCGGUUUUGACGGAGUUGAAGUUCACGGGGCCAAUGGAUACCUCCUAGACCAAUUCCUCCAUGACAACGUCAACAAGCGAACAGACGACUACGGCGGCUCUAUCGAGAAGCGAUCUCGCAUUGUUCUCGAGGUCCUCAAGUCAGUUGCUGGUGCUAUUGGUGCCGAUCGCACGGGAAUCCGCUUGUCGCCUUAUAAUUAUUUCCAAGAUACAAAGGACUCCAACCCCAAUGCUCAUUGGCUUGCACUCUGCUCGCUGAUCGCCAGUCUGCCGAAUGAGUCCCGACCAUCCUAUGUGCACAUGGUUGAACCUCGCUUCGAUGAAGUCCUUGACGAGGAGGCAAAGAUCGGAUCCCUGGCGAGUGACAAGCCCUCAUUGGAUGUGUUCCGGCCGACUUUGAAGAAAGGGGGUAUCGCAUUCCUGGCGGCUGGAAACUUCAACGCCGAGAAUUCUGGCCCUAAGCUUGUGACUGAUGGUGCAGACGCAGUUGUGUUUGGUCGCUGGUUCAUUGCCAAUCCGGAUCUACCGCGACGUCUCAAGGAGGGGCUGCCCCUGAAUCCCUACGAUAGAACAACCUUCUAUGGGGCUGAUCCGGCGGCAAAGGGAUACACAGACUAUUCUUUCUACAGUAAAUAA